AUGAAGCGUGCCCCAAUCUCGCGCGAGUAUGUGAAUGCUUUGGAGGAUAGAGUUGGCGCAUUAGAGAGUCUCUUGCAUGAGAUAAACCCAGCUGGGAACUCCGAUCAUGGUGCCACCAAUGAUUCCGUCAAUUUCGGAUUUGAAUCUCCAAACCCAGUGUAUCAGGAUGCAGGCUCUGUUGCUUCGCCAAGUUCUGACGGCAGUCACUGGGGUGGGGUAGUUGCUCCCAGUCAAGACAGACAAACAAACUACCCUGGACCCAGUAGCCUUCGAAACUCGAAAGUUCUGAAAUCAGCUGCCGAACAUCCGUCCAUACAUUUCUCUACACCGUAUAAACCAGCCCAUGUCGAUGUCCAAACUGAAGUUGGUGGUCAUGUUAUCGCCGAGUGUGUGGCGCUUUUCUUCCGAUGGCACUACCCGCAGUGUAUGUUUGUUGAUCGCGACAAGUUCUUGCUGGGCUUCUUGAACCAUUCGUAUACCAGCAAGAAUUCCUCUAGAAGUCUAGAAUUCAGUAUCUGUGCACUUGGGGCUUUGCUAUCUCCGGAAAAGACGAUUAGAGACCUUGCUGGAUGCUUCUACGAUGCCGCUGUCCGAAGCCUCGAGUCAGGAGGAUUACUAGAACCUCAAGAGUCUUCUAUUCAGACUCUCACCCUAUGCUCCUUCUACCAAAUCGGCCAAGGCAACUUCACGCAGGCGUGGAUGCUCUCUGGUAUCGCAUUUAGGAUGUGUGAAGAACUAAACGAUAGUAGUCACGGAAACCCGAGUACCCCGCGAGAUAUUGACUCUCGACGGCGUACGUUUGCAAACUGUUAUAAAUCCGAUAAAAUGAUAAGUCAAGUGUUAGGCAGGUUGCCUGUAAUUGCCAAGCAGGCCCAAUCGACGGGGUGUAAAGAGGUUGAAAGAACACACUCUAUAUGGUACCAUUGGCUGGAACAAAACGGCUUGUCGGACCUAGAAGAACCCGAAACACUCACAGAUCCAACUUCGCCAGCAGAAAAACAAAUGGAGCUGUUUAAAAUAAUACAUGACAUUCUACUUCCGAGAGAUUUCUCAUCUAAAGGAUCGGCCCAGCAACCAACGACUCGUCGCUGGACAGAAGUGGCUAUCAGCGAGUUGAACACUAGACUUUGGGGUUGGCACAGCACUCUUCCUGGGGAACUCCGUUGGAAUCGCUGGGGUUCAUGCUCUGACGCCGUAAUUCCAAGUAUUGCUGCUCUACACAUGGUCUAUCACAUCUCCCAAAUUUCUCUGAAUCUUCCUUUUCUCCUUAAUCCCCAACCGCUGUGGGAACAGUCACAACCAAACCAACCAAAGCUAGUCUCAGAUGCCGUUGAUAUCUGUGGGGCAUCGGUUGAUAUAGUUCUCUCUAUAUUGCGACGUUUCCGGUCACAGUACACCCUCACCAAAGUCCCCCUCAACUUGGUUCACGGUGGUAUCACUGCAGCCGACGCGAUUCUCGCCAUGAUGGACUUUUGUGACGGGGAGAGACGAGGAUCGCUAGUAAAAGAUCUGUACGUCUUGGAUGAUGCACUCCUGGAGAUGUCAUAUUCGUGGAAUAUUGCAACCACAGCGAGGACCGGCCUUAAAAAUCUACUUGUUGAGAAGACAUCAAGCCAAACGGUAACCGGAGGCCUCUCUGUACCGCUGAAGCAGUCGACAUUUGAUCUCGAAGCUUUUGCAUAUCAACCUUUCACUCCAUUAUCACUCGAUAGUGAGGACGGAAUACAGCUCUCGGGGUUAGCUUUUCCGGAUAUGUUCUCGGCUGCCGUCAGCGAUACUUCCAGCUCUGACAUGUGGGAUUUGAAUUACCCGGAAAGAGGCUACUCAUUUGACGAUUUAACUUCCCUGCGAUAUUGA